UUCCGAGUUGAGUUGAAUGAGUUGUUUCUCAGAGGUCAAAUGAAUGGGAAUAUUAUCCUUACACCAGAAUUGAAACAGGAUCUGAUCUAACUUGUUCUCCUGAGGACUCGAACGUCGCUCCGCCUACACAGGCGGCUCACGUGACUGACCGUCGCCCAGGUUGUGUCGAAAGCAUCCUGGUUUUAGCAGUUAGCUACCCUCUGAUAAAAAAUAUAAAGUGAGGAUUUUAAUAUUUUUAUUGGCGAAUUAUUAACGUGGCGUUGACAAAGACGACACGGACCUACCCUAACUGACCCUUUCCAGCGUGGUUUGAUAGAUAUCAGAAGAAGCCAGCUGACAUUGCUAACUAAACAUUAGCGUAAGCUAACGUCCAAACUUGGGACGGGCAAAAGCAGCAAUUUGUUAGCUAGCUGCUAGCCUGCCAAAUUACUACGGCCAUCCUAGUUAGACAGGUAACAUAUCUUGUUAUUGUAGCAAUUAUGCUAACUAACUAGCGACGGAGGUGUUUACGCACCGACCAACAGAUUUCAUCCAAUCACACGGGAUAAAUAAUGCAAAACAUUAGGAUGUUGAACGCUUGGGGAUUAACAUUUGGACAGCAGUAUUGUCUAGAAAACACAGCUGUCCGGUCAUUUCGGUAAUCCCCGUUUUCUUCGUAAUGCAGCUACAAUAGAUGUUUGUAAUUGCUGAACGAUAAGUUUAACGUCCUGUAUAUACCAAGACACAUUUAACUACCAAGUGUACCUUUAACAGUCUGUAUAGGCUAUAUUAUACCCUGUUUCAAGUUAUGUCUGGGGACGCAUCUGACAGUAGUGAUGACUCCGACACAAAAACAAAUGAAAAGGCCUGCACGGUCAAGCAUCAAAUCACCAAUGCCAACCUCACAGGUCACACUGAGAAAGUCGGCAUGGAGAACUUUGAGCUGCUCAAAGUUUUGGGCACUGGAGCUUAUGGAAAAGUGUUUUUGGUCAGAAAGAACACCGGCCACGAUGUGGGCCAGCUAUAUGCAAUGAAGGUGUUAAAGAAAGCAGCUAUUGUUCAAAAGGCAAAGACCACAGAGCAUACUCGCACCGAGAGGCAGGUGCUGGAGCACAUACGCCAGUCUCCCUUCCUGGUCACGCUCCACUAUGCCUUUCAGACGCAGAGCAAACUACACCUCAUCCUGGACUAUGUGAGCGGCGGGGAGAUGUUCACACAUUUAUACCAGCGGGACCACUUUCCUGAGGAGGCCGUGCAGAUUUAUAUUGGGGAAAUAAUCCUGGCUCUGGAGCACCUGCACAAGCUUGGGAUUGUGUACCGAGACAUCAAAUUGGAAAACAUUCUGCUAGACAGUGAAGGGCAUGUGGUGUUGACAGACUUCGGGCUCAGCAAGGAGUUUCUGGAAGAAGAGAAGGGAAGGACAUACUCUUUCUGUGGCACCAUUGAGUACAUGGCGCCUGAAAUCAUCAGGGGGAAAUCUGGGCAUGGCAAGUCAGUGGAUUGGUGGAGCCUUGGGAUCCUGAUGUUUGAGCUUCUGACAGGUGCUUCACCUUUUACCUUGGAGGGAGAGAGGAACUCUCAGAGUGAGGUGUCAAAACGUAUUUUGCGCUGUGACCCACCGUUCCCCUCUAUGAUCGGACCAAUCGCUCAGGACCUGCUGAGGAAGUUGUUGGUGAAGGAUCCUCACAGGAGGCUGGGCUCUGGACCAAGGGGGUCUGAAGACAUCAAAGCACAUACCUUCUUCAAGGGACUCAACUGGGCUGACCUAGCACAAAAGAAGUUGCCAAGUCCAUUCAAGCCUGAGCUGAAGAGUGAACUGGACGUGGGGAACUUUGCUGAGGAGUUCACUGGGAUGGAUCCCGUCUACUCUCCAGCAAGCACGCCGCCAAGCACUGAUCGCCUAUUCCAGGGUUACUCUUUUAUUGCUCCCUCCAUCCUGUUCAACAAGAAUGCGGUGAUGGGAGACUUUGUGCAAUCCCAUAUUGGUGCGGAUCGUCCAGCUUCAGCCUCUGUCCAACGCAGUGCCAUGUUAGAGGAAUCCCACUUCUUUCAGCACUAUGAGCUGUGUCUCCAUGGACCCCCCCUGGGUGAGGGUAGCUUCUCUGUUUGCAGGAAAUGCCGACACAAGCAAAGCGGACACGAGUACGCGGUCAAGAUCGUCAGCCGCAGGAUGGAGGCAAACACCCAGCGGGAGGUCGCUGCUUUGCGGCAAUGUGAGAGUCACCCAAACAUCGUCAAGCUGCAAGAGGUCUACACUGAUCAGUACCACACAUAUUUAGUGAUGGAGCUUCUGCGAGGGGGGGAGCUGCUGGAAAGGAUCAAGAGGAAGAAACUCUUUGGAGAGGCGGAGGCCAGUCAGCUGCUACAGAGCCUGGUCUCAGCUGUCAGCUUCAUGCACGAGGCCGGAGUUGUGCACAGAGACCUCAAACCAGAGAACGUGUUGUUUGCGGAUGAGGGGGAGGACUCCGUGCUGAAGGUAAUAGAUUUUGGAUUUGCCCGUCUGUGCCCUGCAGGCAGCGCCCCCCUGCAGACCCCCUGCUUCACGCUGCAGUACGCUGCUCCUGAACUUUUUGAGAGUGCAGGAUACGACAAAGCCUGUGACCUCUGGAGUCUUGGGGUCAUCCUGUACACCAUGCUGUCAGGCCAGGUGCCUUUUCAGAGUGAGCAGCGGGGGAUGACCUCAUCAUAUGCGGCUGACAUCAUGCAAAAAAUUAAGGAGGGUGAUUUCUCAUUGGAAGGGGAGGCCUGGAAGAGUGUGUCGGAGGAUGCCAAAGAGCUUGUUAAAGGCCUGCUGACUGUGGACCCGGAGAUGCGUCUCAAACUCUCUGAUCUGAAGGAGAACAGCUGGCUGCAGGGUGGAGCCUCCAUGUCCACCACUCCUCUGUGCACUCCAGAUGUGCUGGAGUCUAGUGGACCUACUGUCCGCACCUACGUAAACGCCACCUACAAGGCUUUCAACCGUGGCAAGAGAGAGGGCUUCUUUCUGAAAAGUGUUGACAAUGCUCCCCUUGCAAAACGCAGAAAGCUUAAGAUGACAAGUACAGGCGUGGAGACCCGGUGGAGUUCAUCCUCUUCCUCCUCCUCAUCUUCCACUUCCUCCUCUGCCUCUGCCUCGGCCUCUGCAACAGCAUCGAAAGUACAGCCAAAGCAAACUGUGAGCCCAAAGCAAACUGUGAGCCCAAAGCAAACUGUGAGCCCAAAGCAGAGCUAGCCUAAAUGGCAGGGGAGAGAUCCGAGGGAAAAUGAAGAGGUAUGUGCUUAUACUGGCUACACAAAAUCCUCAGUGUCCAAAAAACAUUCUGACAAACCAAAAGACUGGUUUGAGUAAGUGCAAAGUGUUCAAUACAAAAUUGAAUUCCAUGUUUUAACAGCAACUUCAUUCAUCAUGCCAUUUCCUCCCCAAAACAAGCUUUACUUCUCUGGAUUGGGUGGAAAAGAAAGGAAGUUUGGCAUCUUUAAGAUUGCACAGUCAUGUCUGGCCUUGAGAAAACUAUUCUUAAUCAGUAUUCACUUACCAUAAUAUGUUGAUAUUACACACUAAAAGUUAAAUAUGAGAAGUGUGUCUGUUUUCACUGUGGCUCAGAAACAGUGCCUGACCAAAUAGGGAUAAAGGGAAAAAGGAGCCAUAAAUGAGCAGAAGCCAUAUAUACAGCAACACAGUGAAGAUAUCUAUUGAGCCGCUGUGAGCACACACAAAUGUGCACGAAAGCAAAUGAAAAUCCUUCCAGGAAUUCACAGGCUUUAUUCUCUGACUGUAUUAAGUUGUUUUGAAUGUUGCCACACAUAUGAUUGGCAGAAAUCUGGCCCCAAUUGCUGUGCCACAUAUAGGCCCUUCGCUCUGUAAAUAUCCAAAUUGUGUCCUCUUAGGCUAUUUGCUAAGAAUGUAAAUGGUCCAAAAAAAGGCUAAUUGGUGGAAGGACUGAGUGCAGAUGGAAAAGAAUAUGAUUUGUGUACACUAUCAGACAAUCUUUGUCUCUAUUGGAUGCAGUCAGUCGCCACAGAUCUCAUUGAACACAUCGUGGGCCACAUAUCGUGAUUGAUGGCUCUAAAGAAGUAUUUUCAAGCACUCACUUUAGCUUGAAAAGGUGGCAGUAAGUGUUCAGUCAUGAAAUCGUUCUUUCCUCAUUACUUGCUGUAAAUGACUCGCAUGUUUCUGCCGUUCUGAACAUUUCUAGCAUGCUAAUCUGUCGUGAUGAUAAACUGUGAGAUCUAUAUUUUGGUAGCUCUGGCGUACUAAGGAACCCACAAUGUUUUCUAUGCUAACGAUUGCAGCUUGAGUGUUUCACGUAAAUCGGAGCAAAAUCCCUUUAUACUUUUUGUUCAUCACCGGGCUUAUGAAUUUAAAAAAAGGUGUUACAGUUUUCCCCUACAGACCAGCACCAUAUGCAGCUAUCAGAAAUACGAUUUGAUUUGAUACAGGGAAUUUGUUACCCCUGAAUCACGCUCAGCUUGUGCUCCAUGGUUAUUUUGACACAUGGUUUUAAAACAUUAUAUGGCUUUGAAGCACAAAUAAUGUUACAGAAUGAGAAUUAAUUAUGACUUUAUUAUGGUUCUGAGGAGACCAUCCUGCAUCUUCUGUACAUACUCUUUCUUGAUUUACAGCAACAACAAAAAAAAUGUAAUGAUUUAAAAUUUGAAUGCUCUUAACGGUUUAUUAGUUAUCUGAUGCAAUGUUGUUGGCCUUUUUUUUUACAUGUUGCAGUCAGUUGAUCAAUUAAAACACAUUUCAGCUUUAAAGGUGCAUCUGCUAAUAUUUAUUACAUGUAAUUGAUUUAAUGCCGUGGUAAUGGGAUUGAUAAUUAAAUUGGAUAUUGUUGUUUACCAGCUGUGUGUGUGAGUUUGUAUGUGUGUCGAUUUCAUUCACAAAGAAGUUGCUAAUUAGUGCAAAUGAACAUACAUUGAUACACAAGUGUAAAUGAAUGGUGCUGGGAGGUUAGUUGUACCAAUGUCUCUGUACCAGAUGAGCAUUAUUACAAUUUACUGUAUUAUUUUCUUGUUGUUGCUUGCCGCCUUGGUCUGUUUAAAGGUAACUGGUUGUUUGUGUUUGACAUUUUUACUUAAGAAACUGCUUUAAUUGGUGUUUAUAUUCGGUUGUUGUAGUAAAUGAUACUUUUCUUUAUUCCUCUUUCUUUUUCUGAGCUUUUCCAUUUUACCGAGAUGCACUGUCACUGAUGUCGUAACUGGGAAUUUGAUCUUUUGCGCCAAUGUUUUUGGGUUGGUGCAAAAAUAAACAUCACUUUUAAAUA